AUGGAAGGAUAUGUUGAGGGCAUUCGUCCGAACAAGGCUAAGAAGGGUGCGAAGCGCCAAAAGCCUGUUGAUACUAGUAGGAACCACCCUGAUUCGGACAAAGAAGAUGGCUAUGAUGGUGCACUGAAGGUUCCACGAUCUGUCUUAGCCGGCUGCGAGAAGAGCUUCACAGCCACAAAUGAAACAUGUGAAAAGACUAGCACACAGUUUUUUGCCGUCACCGCACUGAUGGCUCUUCUCUGUCGCCAUGACUGUGUGAUAUGGGUCGUCAAUAUGCGAUCUGCAAGCGAGAAGCAGCAUUAUGCUCUGGCGCUCGUUGAGACGCUGUUUCAACACCUGCCCCUCCAUUAUACAGUCGGGUUACUUUACGAUGUUGGCUUGUUUCAUGUGUUCGGACAUCAGUGGCCUUGUCAGAUCAUAUACCAUCCUCGAAAGUGCAACAGAUUUGGACUCUCCGACGGCGAAGGCUGCAAGCGGUUUUGGAAUUCUAUCAAGAAAUUAAUUGCUUAUCUACGCGUGUGUGAGGUACAGGCUCAGACCAAACCUCUUCCACGACAGACAAGAAACCAGGGGAAAGAUGCAGUCUCUGAAGCCAUCCGACUUCGAAAAGCACGUGAUAUCCUGAGGAAGCAUGUCCAAGACCAAGAAAACAUCAUAUUGGAUCCUUUAGCUUCAGACCAUCAUCUUUGUGAUGCAGAAUUGUGCCUAGCUGAAGCUAAGAAGGCUUUGAGUUCUGCGGAGUCUUGGGUACACGCUUCUGAGUCGGCGCUUGGUGUUCACGAAAGAACCAAGCUUGGGAAGCUGCUCGGAAGCCCUUUUAUUGCAGCGAGGAUGAACACCCGAGCCCUCAAGCUAUGCUUGUGUGAAAGGCUGUGCUCCUGGAAGUUUGAACUUGACCGUAUCGAACAAUCAUAUCGCAACCAUGUCAACGAGUGCAAAGUUCACCAUCAUCUCGAAGAUUCCGUGAAGCGUCGUGACCCUAGCAUCCAAAAACUCACUUGUGACUACAACAACUUAUGCGAUUGCAAGGCGCCUCCGGGCUCAGUCUGCCCGUCGAAGAUUGUCAUGAAGGGUCUGUUUGCUCUGGACGUUAACGACGAAAUCUGGCAGGAUGCUGGAUUGGAAGAUUCACUUGAUGGCGCCACGACCGACCCACCACUGUGGCUUUGCGACGAUCUUGUAAGGUCCGGAAUUCAGGAGUGGAAUGUCACCUGUUCCGCAUAUGAUAACACUGCUUCUCAUCAUGUUUUAGAUUCACUGGAGUUACGCUAUCAACUCCAAUUACGAAAGGAUGAACUUCUCCAUGUCCUGUCGAUAUGGAAGAAGUCCUUACAAUCCUUACCUGCUGACACUGUUAUUCCAGCCUGGGGCCCAACAGAUGACGAGAUCACAGCUGCUCGAAUCGCCCAAGUCACCUCACGUUUGUAUGAUGACUACGAUGAUAUGGAGGAGUUCAGACCAUCCAUCGGGGUCGACGAACUGAAUUUGUCAGAUGUAGAAAGUCUCGAUGAGGAUUUGAUUGAUACUCUUGAGGCUAUUGACCUUGCAGAUGCUUUCCGUGGGGAGGAUUUUGAUAAACUUCCUGUUUCUAUUUGUGGGAGUCCACCCUCAGUUCUCUUUUUUCCAUGGAUGUCUGAGCAAAUGCUUUGGGACUCCCAUGUUAGAUCUUGA